AAAAAGACCCAAUCCCUACUACACAUUGCCGCCGUCUUCCUCCUCCACCUCCUUGUUCUUUGUUCCGUCUUCUCUCUGCUUUAACAAUUUUAUUUAUUUCUUCCUUCUUAGUCUGCCCUAGCCGCUGGUGGUCGCCUCCGCCGUCGUAUCAUCUUCUUCGGCCGGUCUCUUCACUGUCACAUUCUACAGUCAAUUUCUUCUCCGGCUGUCAAUUUCUAGAAUUUUCAACUUCUUUGGGGCCUCCCGUUUCUCUGUAGAGCUCGAUCCGAACUUCCAUGGAAGAAAAUCCAGAGGCUGCUGCUCCUUCAAGCGGCGAGAAGACAGUCAAUUUAUGCGCGGAGUGCAAAAUUAACGCCUCAAAGUACAAGUGCCCUGGCUGUUCUAUCCGCUCGUGCAGCCUCCCUUGCGUCAAUUCCCACAAGCACCGCACUGGUUGUACCGGGAAAAAGUCCCUAGCCAUGGUCGUUCCGACUUCACAAUUUGAUGAUGAUCUCCUCCUUUCAGAUUUCAACUUGCUUGAAGAUGUUAAGCGAUUUACUGAUUCUGCUCAGAGGAUGAGAGUUAAAUUAUGUGGUUAUCGUCGUUUCAAGCUUCCGUAUUCCCUCAAAAGUCUUCAAAAUGCUGCUGCCAGGCGCAGGACGAAACUGUUGAUUCUUUCAAACGGAAUGGCGAAGAGACAAACUAACCGUACUCGUUACAACAACAGGGAGAAAUCGAUAUCUUGGACUAUUGAAUGGCGAUUUCAUUCCACUGAUGUCGUAUUACUCGAUCACGGAGUACACGAGAAUUCAAAUUUGUCGUCCGUGAUUGAGAAACAUCUAAAACCUAGUCCAUGGAAUCACCCGUUGAGGCAAUUCUGCGAUCCGCCCCUUGAUUCCUUGAAAUUCUUCAUUCCCAAAUAUCCGAAGGGACCGAAAUCGCCAUUUUGCCAGCUAAACAUUAGGGGACCGAUUUGUCAACAGUUGGCGAACAUAACGGUGUUGGAGUACCCUGUAAUUCAUGUCUUUUUACCUUCACACAAAUGUGAUUUCGACAUAAUCAACGAUUCGAGUACAAGUAAGGCAGAGACUCAAGAACCUGUUCAUCGCGAUCAUGAAAGUCCUAAAGGUGUUGUGUUUAAGGAGGAAGAAAUUGAAGAUGACGAAUCUUCGGAUCCUUGCAUUUCAGAUCUCAACAACUUUGAGAAGAAUGAAUCUAAGAAUGCAUCGAAAGAGGGGAUUUCAGCUGAUCAAAAGGAUCCGGAUCGAGAUGAAUUUUGGGCGAUGGAUGAAGAACUCGAGGAAGGGGAGAUUGUGUAAGUAGUUUGUUUGUUUACAUUCUCUCGGCAAGCUCAGCUCGAUGUUGGUUGAAGAUCAAAUGGCGAAUGUGCGAUCUACUGCGACAACAUAAACAAAAUGUGGCAUCGGACGGGAGAUAUCCGAGGCGGGCUUGAGAAUUUCUCCGGUUUCGAUUCCGAUGGUUUCCCAACUUUGGAAGGUACGUCCAUCUCCUGAUUUCACCUCUCUUUACUACUGAAUUAUGAUUCGAUAUUAUCUAUACAUGUGUAUAUAUUAUGUUGUGUAGUUUAUACAGUGUAUUGUACUGUGUAAAUAUAGUUAUUUUGUUAAAAUUAAUAAUUUAUUGUGCUAUAUGAAAUUAUAUCCUUAGUUCGUUGUGUGCCAGAAUAUGGGCUGUU